AUGUAUCGUCAGUUGUAUUUCUUAUUGGUAUUAUUUUUUAAUUUAAAAUGUAUUUUAACAUCAAGUUGUGGAAUAGUAGAAGAUCUUACAAGUGAAAACUAUACAAAGUUUAAAAAUAGCGACGUUUGUUUCAUUCUUUACCAAUCACCGGAAUGUACCUAUUGCAAACAUUUCCAGCCGGAAUACAAAGCAGCUUUUGAAGCGAUUAAAACGAACGAAUCCCUCUCGAAUAUAGAUUUUUACCAAGUGGAUUGCCACGAAUCACCAUCAAUUUGCGAUAAAGAAUCAAUCACAGCUUAUCCAACCGUGAAGUUAUUUUUCGAUGGCACUCCAAAAGAAAUACUUAAUACACAAGUAAUUGAAAAAAAUGAUUUGAUUUUGAUUGCUUUUAAAUAUGGUUAUACAUCAAAAGAAAUUACUUGUAUUAAAGAUUACGACCGAUUUUUUAAUACAAAGGAAGUAAUAAUAUUUGGUUAUUUUGAAAAAGUAACUGGAUUACAAACCGCCUUUUUAAGAGCAUCUGCUUUAAUGAAAAAUUACAAAUUUGGACAUACAUCUAAAAAAAAAUUAUUAACAACUUUCGGUUAUUUUAACAAUGUAGUUUUGUAUCAACCCAAACAUUUACAUAAUAAAUUUGAAGAUACCAGUAGAGUUUAUUUAGGACCGGGCGAUGUUCGUGAUUUAAUCAAGUUCAUAAAUGAAAAUCGGUACGGUUUGGUUGGAUAUCGAACUAGAACUAAUUUAGAUGAUUUCCCAUUGCCACAAAUUGUCGCUUAUUACAAUAUCGAUUACGAGCGCAGUUUAAAAUUGACCAAUUACUGGCGACAUCGUAUAUUAAAAAUUGCGUCCAAGUUUCGUGAUUUAACUUUUGCAAUGAGUUCCAAAAGUGAUUUCUCCAAGGACCUCUACCAUUUAGGGAUUAACGUGACUGAAUUCGAUAAUACUUCACCACUUAUUUUUGCGACCAAUACUGCAGGAGUCAAAUACAUGAUGGACGUAAAAUUUUCAAUCGACAACUUGGAAGAUUUCGUUCAAAAUUUUUUAAAUAACUCAUUAAAACCGUAUGUAAAAUCCGAUCCAAUUCCGGAUGAGAAUGAUGAUGUCGUUAAAAUUAUCGUUGGAAAAAAUUUUGAGGAUGUCGUUGGAAAAGAAAAAGACUCGUUAAUUGAGUUUUAUACCCCGUGGUGUUUAAUUUGUUUAGAAUUUGCGAAAACGCUGGAGGAUGUCGCUUUGGAAUUUGGAAACGAUGAAGUUUUGAUUGGUAAAAUUGAUGUUUCAGCGAAUGAUUUUCCAGCGAGGUUUAUUAUUAAAUCGUAUCCGACGAUUUAUUUUGUUCCAAAAAAUACCACCGGAAUUGGUUUUCUUUAUAAUGGUAGUUUAAAUUUUAAUGAUCUCAUUGCUUUUGUUGCAUAUCAUUCUAGUUAUGAAUUGAAACGUUUUGAUAGAGAAGGUAACAAAAAAAUAAGAGAGGAAUUGUAA